ACACUGGCGACUCAAACACACUCGGAUGACCUGAAGGACAGAGAUAUGAACAUAACAGAGAAACCUGUAUUUGCUUUUUGUCUGUUACAAGCUGUUUUGUGUGGAGAUUUCUCCAUCGAUCUACCACAGAGUAUAGAAGCUCUGAGCGGGAUUUGUGUUCUCGUUCCCUGUAGUUUUGACAUUGAACCCCAGCAUGAAGCAGAACUACAGCGAGAUCCGAAAGGAAUCUGGUAUAAAAAUGGCAGCGGUGCAAAAUCCAAAGUGUUUUCUUCUAAAUCUACUGAAGAGAAUUUAAUGCAGGGGAAAAUGACCGGAGAGCUGAGCAAGAAGAACUGCACCACCAUCUUCUACAACCUCAGUGAGGCUGACAGAACCUUGUACUUCUUCAGGAUAGUGUCGGGAAAUCUGAAAUAUAUUUAUGUUACGCCUGUUUUUAUAAACGUUACAGCUUCUCCAAUCAGUCCUUCAGUAACCCUGUACAAGGAGAAUCAAGUGGAGGCACAAAGACAAAACGAGGUACUCGAGGGAGCUUCAGUAAGUCUGGUGUGUUCUGCUCGAUCUCCAUGUCCUUCUAACCGCCCCAUUUUUAUAUGGAGCUUCCUGCCCAAGGAGACAACUCUGGAGCAGAACCACAACGUCACCUUCAGCUCCUCUACACUGAACUUUAGAGCUUCUCGGGUGCAUCAUGGACUCAGUUUUAUCUGCAUCGUCACCUACCAGCUGGAGAACGGCGGCACCAAAUCAGCCCAGAGUUCUGUUACUCUCCGUGUUCUGUAUGCUCCUAAGAACACGACCGUGGUGGCAUCUCCUUCACCGUCGGUUCUUCUGGGCACUUCGGUGAUUCUGAGUUGCAGCAGUGAUGCCAACCCAGCAGUGCUGAACUUCAUCUGGUACAGAACGAACGGAGAGCAGAUCGGAACCGGGAACCAUCUGAUCAUCAAGAAUACUGAUGAGACCCACCAUGGUUUAUACUACUGUAGAGCUCAAAACCAGCAUGGAGAUCAGAACUCGUCCAUCUACCUGAAUCUUCAGUAUGCUCCUCAGGUCUCACUUUCCUCCAGCUGUAACGGUAUUCAGGAUUGGAUUGUUUGUUUCUGUGAGGUACGAGGAAACCCUUCUCCCAAACUGGAGUGGCGUCUCUCUGGAGAACCUCUCUCCUCUGAGACCAUGUGGGUGGAGUCUGUAAACGACUCCAGCGUGAGGAGCUUCAUCCCUAUUCAUCAGUCAUACUCAGACGCUCUGCCCACCCUGCAGUGUGUUGGCACCAAUAAGCUGGGCAUCGACACCCACUCACUUAACCCACUCGUUUUAGGAAAUGCGAUCCUGCUGCACUGGCCGUACCUGGUGCUCCACUUGUAUGUGGUGGUUCCAUCCUGUGUGGUUCUUCUCCUGUGUCUGAUUAUGAUUGGAUUUCUGAUCUACAGAUUAAACAGAUUGUCUGGGAAAGUAAGGGUUUUAAAGAGGGGAGUUAGUUACACCUCUCUACAGCUCUGCCCUCAAGUUCAACAAGCCAACACAGAGAGGGAAGUGAAGGAAUACAAGGCCUAAAAAUGUCCUUUGUUAUUAUAUAUAAAUAAAUAAAAUAUAAAUGGUUA